AAUUUUCCUUUGCCCCGACACUCAAAUUCACCUCACCAUCGCCCAUCGCCACGACUACCUCCGUUUGCUAUCGACUGUUCUGCGAUCGGCCCCAUCUCCGUAACCCAUAUAGCUAUUUAUUUUGUCCUCCCGCGUCGAGCCACAGAAAAUGUCUGGCUGGCCUAGCGCCCACCCGGCAUCAGGCAUUGCUGCCCAGCAAUCGCCGCCUGCAGGCUACGCGUAUCCUCCCAACCCUGCAUUUAUCCCCGUUCAAACUCGUAGCGGAUUCGGCCAGUAUCCGCAGCCGUAUGUCGGCGUCGUACCGCCUCCCAUUCCUCCACCUCAAGCGGCCCCAGCCCCGGUCGACAACUCGCCUGCUAAGAGCAAAACUGAGUGGCCUCCGUCUGUCCGCAGCUAUGUCCAACGUUCUUUCUUGCCUCACAAUGACGACCCUUCUGUUACACGUGCCGAGGUGGAAGCCAAACUUAAGCAAACAAUUGGCACCGCCAAGGAGGACGGCUCCAUGUACACCAUUGACUGGGACAAGAUGCCCCUCCCCCAGUCCCUCGUGAAAGCUGAGCGCGAGGCCAACCUCCGCAACGGCCUAUACACAAUCGAUAAUCCUAGAAAGCGCAAGUCUGCCGAAUUUGACGAGCCUGCUACUUCCCAGCCCCCUUGGCAGUCUACUAACUCCCGAUCAUCUCUGGAGAGCCGCAUCACAUAUUCCUCAGCCGCUGACGACCGCAAGUCCAGUAAGUUACAAAAGGACAUGAAUAAACGAAAGCGUCGUUUCGAAACCGAAUACAAGGCGGCCAACGUCGCCCCGAGCUCUCCGCCCCCAGAGUCUGGUCCCGUCAUCGGCACCAACGAAACACUAGAGAAGAGAUAUCUCCGACUUACCGCACCUCCUGUUCCUGCAAACGUCCGCCCCGAACGCGUCCUCAAUAAGACUCUUGACUUGCUCAAGAAGAAAUGGAGGAAAGAGGGUAACUAUUCUUAUAUCUGCGACCAGUUCAAGUCUAUGCGACAAGAUCUCACCGUCCAGCACAUUAAGAACGACUUUACCGUUUCAGUCUACGAAAUUCACGCACGCAUCGCACUAGAAAAGGGGGAUAUUGGUGAGUAUAAUCAGUGUCAGACGCAGUUGCGUUCACUGUAUGCCAAAGGCCUGAAGGGAAACCCGGUUGAAUUUAAGGCCUAUCGUAUUUUGUAUUUCAUUCACACCGCCAACCGAUCGGGCUUGAACGAUACGUUGGCGGAUCUAACCUCAGCAGAAAAAGAAGAACGGCCCAUCAAGCACGCACUCAAUGUGCGAUCGGCCUUGGCGCUCGGCAAUUACCACCGGUUCUUCCAACUCUACCUGGAUACACCGAACAUGGGAGCCUACCUCAUGGACAUGUUUGUCGUCCGAGAGCGCCUCGCAGCCCUCUGUAAUAUUUGCAAAGCAUACAAACCCGACGUGAAGCUGAGAUUCAUCACUGAGGAACUCGGUUUUGAGUCUGACGCAGACGCGGCUCAGUUCAUUAUUGAUCAUCAAGGUCAGCAUCUACUAGAGGAUCGCACGGAUUACAUUGCCUUCCUCAGCGGCAAAGCCAGCAAUCUCUUUGACGGUGCUCGUGCCAAUGCCUUCCGAACCGUUGACAUUAAGGGCCAAAUUUGAGCAACCCGGAGAGGCUCAGUAACCUUCCAGACAUUCCGCAUUCUCCAUCCAAAGCGUUUUUGGGCAUUUUCUCGUAUAAUUAUUUCCCGUUUUUCCUGAUGACGAUACCUGCCGCUUACCGAGCAUCCUUGGCGUUGGUUCUUUACUCAUACACUCCCGACAUUUCUCUAUAUUUGCUACAUACUUGGGGCUGGGCAUACUCCCUUCCCGCCCAUUCUGCAUAUUCCAACUCUUUUUGAAGCAACUCAUCGCCGGAUACCCUAGCAGACCUUCCGCACAAGUUGCUUGCUACGUUGGCUUAUUCCUACUGGCUCCAGAACCGCACGAGGGCUUUUAUUUUCUAUACACCAAGAGGGGACCUACACUCGUGCGGGAGGCUACUUGGGAUCCGGAGCGAUACAGCCGCAUUUUCCCGCAUUGUUAGCACUCAGAAUGGAUAGCUAUAUGCUAUUCUGCUUGUGUUGUUGCAUCGGGCGCCUGCGGCUGCUGCACUUAUUACUUACUGACACCUACUGGGGGCUUUUUUGUUCUUUUUGGCAUUACAUGGCGAAGACUGUAGCCUAGAUUUGGGAUUCAUCGUGAUUGUUUGCUAGUUCUUGUUUGCACCAGCUGUGCACAAUAAAAAAUAAAAUUAAUGACUCUGCAUUACGGCGCUCGUAAGUGAAGUGCAUAAAUCGUGGCGGUUGAUUGAUGUGGUGAGCAACGCUGUAGACGUCGCGUGAUUUGCCAGGCGAGCAUAGACGGUGAUGCAACAGUGCAGCUAGGUUACGCCAAUGAUUACGAUCCGC